CGUCCCGACCCUCCGGAGCCAUCCCCCAGUCCCUAUAGCACCCCACUGAUCUCUAGCUAUCACCCUUCUAGCACCUCACUGGCCUAUUGCCACCACCCAGACCCUAUAGCACCCCACUGAUCUCUAGCCACCAUCCUUAUAGCACCCCACUGGCCUAUAGCCACCACCCAGACCCUAUAUCACCCCACUGAUCUCUAGCCACCAUCUUUAUAGCACCCCACUGGCCUAUAGCCACCACCCCGACCCUAUAGCACCCCACUGAUCUCUCGCUAUCACCCUUAUAGCACCCCACUGGCCUAUAGCCACCCCUUUCCCCCCUAUAGCAUCCCACUGACCUCUAGCCACCACCCCAUUGACUUCUAGCUACCACCCAGCCCCUGUAGUACACCACUAUCCCCUACCCCACCAUCUGCUCACCUGCCCUCUACAGCACCCUGCUAUUCUGCUACCCAUCCCCCUUAGCCAUUUCCUCCCUCUAUAGCACCCACUCACUCCACUAUUCCCCUCAUCAUCAGCCACUCACCCACUCAUUAUCUUCCUCCCUGUCAACAUCUAGCUCCCGUAGCAGGCUGCUGUUCCCUUCCGCCCUGUAUUGCACCCCCAUUAUUUCCCUCCGUGCAUUUGGUAUCUUCGGUAGGUGUCAAACACCCCUGGCCUCAAUGGAGGAGGCUGGUAGGGAGAGGAGAGUGGUGUGAAUUGGGGUGCCACAGAGGGGAACUUGUGUUAGUAAUUUUAAUUUCAUCCUGGUGGUAGGUGACCCCUCCCCCACUUUCCCAAAUACAUGCUAGAAGAUUUUCCUUUGUAAUUGUGGAUGUUUGCAGAAAACUUACAAAAUAUCAGCUGUGUGUAUGGACCAACACGGUUGAAGUGUCACUUGCUGCUUCUCCAGAAUAUCCGCAUCUACCAUGGUUGGUUUGAAUUCGGUUCAGAGUUGACCAAGAUGACUGGGGAAGUUCAGACCCAGGAACCUUCUGCAUGGGAUCUGGCACAACAAUAAAACAUGGCUGAGGAUUCUCAGAGAAAUUUCCGCUCUGUCUACUAUGAAAAAGUGGGAUUUCGUGGUGUUGAAGAAAAGAAAUCAUUGGAAAUCCUACUGAAAGAUGAUCGAUUGGAUAUUGAGAAGCUUUGCACAUUUAGUCAAAGAUUUCCUCUCCCAUCCAUGUAUCGUAUCCUGGUGUGGAAGGUGCUUUUAGGAAUUAUUCCUCCUCACCAUGAAUCUCAUGCUCUGGUGAUGAAGUACCGAACAGAACAAUAUAGGGAUGUGUAUCAUGCCCUCCAAGUAAUUCGGUUUAUCAAGGAUUCUACCCCACAGGUUGAAAUUUUCCUUCGCAUGCAUCAACUGGAGUCAGGAAGGUUGCCUCGAAAUUUGGCUUUUCCUCUGGAACCAGAAGAUGAAGUGUUUCUUGCCAUAGCUAAAGCCAUGGAGGAAGUGGUGGAGGAUAAUAUCGACUGCUACUGGCUUGUCAGUAGUUUUGUGAAUCAGUUAAACAACAAAUACAAAGAUUCGUUACCACAGCUGCCAAAAGUUCUUGAACAGUAUUUGAAUGUUGAAGAUAACAGACUCCUGGCGCAUCUGAAGGCCUGCUCUGCAGUGAGCAAACUUCCUUACAAUCUUUGGUUUAAGAAGUGUUUUGCAGGGUGUUUACCUGAAUCCAGUUUACAGAGGGUUUGGGACAAAGUUAUUAGUGGAUCCUGCAAGAUUCUUGUUUUUGUUGCUCUGGAGAUUUUAUUAACCUUUAAAAUGAAGAUAAUGGCCCUGACUAACGCAGAGAAGAUCACACAGUUUCUGGAAAAUAUUCCUCAAGAUAACACUGACGCAAUAGUGAGCAAAGCUAUUGAUUUGUGGCACAAACAUUGUGGGACACCGGUACAUUUGGUAUGAGAACUUGCUGCAGUCCUCACGGUUUGGAAGGACAUACCUUCUGAUUGUCCUUCCCUAGAUUAGUAUCUGUAGACAUUAAAUUGUUUCACAUUUUUGCUGUAAAUAUCACACUGAUUAAUUUGUAAAUUGUUGCAGUAAAAAUAAAGAUUGAGUUGUGCUGUGAUGA